AUGUCAUCUGACGAGAGUCGUCUGCGCGAGGUUGUCACGGCGAUUCUAGAAGCCGGCGACCUGGAAGAAUUGACUGAGAAAAAAGUCCGUCAGUUAGCGCGCGAAAAGACGGGGAUUGACACGUCAGCAGAUGCGAACAAGCAACUAAUUCACAAGAUAGUUAAAGCCUUUGUGGAGGAGGAAGCGGAGGAUCCAAUAGAGAAGAAGCGGAAAAGGCGGAGAAAGGGAUCUGAUGAGGACAGCGGGAGUGAGAAGGAGGAGGAGGAAGAGGAAGAAGAGGAGAAAGGGAGGGGGAAGUCGCGGAAAGGAGGGAAGAAGUGGAAAGUGGGUGACGGCGGAGAGCUUGUGAUUUGCGAGUUGUCUGGGAAGCGCAAGCUAACAGUGAGUGAGUUCAAGGGGCGCUUGCUGGUGUCGAUACGCGAGUACUAUGAGAAAGGCGGCAAGGACAUGCCUUCCUCUAAAGGCAUCAGUCUUCCUCCUGACCAAUGGGAUAAGCUGGUGAGGCACAUUGAUACUGUACAAGAGGCCAUUGAUCACUUGUCAUAG